AUGUCUCUGCCUGAGGGUGCAGGGGAUCGUGGGAAAGAAAGAGAGCGCGGCGCCCGUCCUAAAGUGCGUCAGAGCCGCUCUGAGGAGCGAAGAGAUGGUGGGAGGAGGAAGGGAGGGAGGGGCAAGAAGAAAAGCCACCCGUCACAUGACCUGGGCUCCGAGCGGCCCGUGAGCGAUGGGUUUGAGUACGGCGAUUUAUUGAGCAGUCUGCACGAACCCGGCGAGGGCGUCUCGUCCUCUCCAGGGAGGGAACACCGGAGACGCCACAUCCUCGGGUCGUCUGGAUCUCUGUUAUCCGAGAGGGUUUCCGCAAAACUGUCGCUCGGUUCCACCACCACUGAUGUCGACUCUGACACGGACAGCAAGUCUUCCGGAAGCAGCCGAACGCUUCGCCAGAAGAUCCAGGAUGCAGUGGGACAGUGUUUCCCCAUCAAGAGUCAGAGUCAGGGUUUGUCCCACUCCCCAUCGCCAGCUUCCACAAGUUCCUCGAGGCGGAAGAUCCAUCUGAGCGAGCUCAUGCUAGACAGCUGUCCAUUCCCGGCCGGUUCUGAUCUGGCCCAGAAGUGGUACCUCAUCAAGCAACACACUGCGCCCAUUUCUCAAGCGCCCGUCCUGGAUUCCUUGAGUGGAGCGACGGCUUCUGCGGCGGUCACUGUUGGUACACCUGUCGAAGAUGAGGAAGACCGCUUACGGGAGAGACGAAGAAUUAGCAUCGAGCAGGGCGUAGAGCCGCCACCCAAUGCCCAGAUCCACACCUUCGAAGUGACCGCUCAAAUCAACCCUCUGUAUAAACUCGGACCCAAACUUGCACACGGGAUGAAUGAGUUAGCUGGAGAUGAGCGUGCAACGCUGCAUCAGCUUCUCCUGCAGAGCUGCUUGGACACUUUGGAUGAGGUUGCAGCAUCAACAGCGGCAACAACGUUGGCUGAUUUGGACUUGGGCGCCAGUGCUGCGUCUCCAUCAUCCCGUUCUCUAACAGGUGCGACUCUAGUUCAAGCGGACAGUCCCAAAUCGCAAGAUGCAGAGCAUCGCAUACAUACCCAAAUUGAUUACAUCCACUGCCUAGUGCCCGACCUGCUCCAAAUCACCAACCUGCCCUGUUACUGGGGCGUCAUGGAUCGGUACCAAGCGGAGACGCUUCUGGAAGGUAAACCUGAAGGCACGUUCCUACUGCGCGACUCUGCUCAGGAAGACUACCUCUUCUCUGUGAGCUUCCGCCGGUACGGUCGCUCGCUCCACGCUCGCAUCGAACAGUGGAAUCACAACUUCAGCUUCGACGUGCACGACCCGAGUGUGUUCCACGCACCCACUGUUACCGGGCUUCUCGAGCACUACAAGGAUCCAAACUCCUGCAUGUUCUUCGAGCCGUUGCUGUCCAACCCGAUCCACCGGACACAUCCGUUCAGUCUGCAGAACAUCUGUCGUGCCGUCAUCAGCAGCUGCACCACGUACGACGGCAUCAAUGUUCUGCCGCUCCCCAACGCACUGAAGGAGCACCUGAAAGAAUACCACUACAAGCAGCGUGUGCGCAUACGCAGACUCGACACGUGGUGGGAGUGA